UAUUGUGAUGGCACAUCCACUGCGGAUAUACAAAACAAAUUUUGUACAAGUUGGCUUUCUGGAAAAAGGAAAGAUGGAUAUCAUUGUGCUAUGUCCGUAGGGAUGUAGCGGAGAGAAGUGCCCCAUCGGUAUUCGGUCUUUCAUCUACAAAAUAUAAAAAUUCAAUAGUGAAAUAUUGUAAAAGUGUAAAUAAUAACAAACAUUUGACUAUUUGUGCUUCAAAGAAGAUUUAUUGAAAAGUUUUGUGCCGUAGCGAAUAACAUUUAAGUGACGUCGAUUGGAUUUCAGUGUUGCAUCGCCAUCAUGUGCCGAAUACUAUCACAGAUCAUCAAAAACCACAAUGGAGCAUAACCACGCUGACAUGCACCACGCUGACAUGACCCACGCCGACAUGCACCACGCCGACAUGACCCACGACCACGGAAACCACGGCGACGGGUGCUCCUCCGCCCACGCUAUGGUGUUUCACGCGGGCGUCUGCCAGGAGAUCCUGUUCAAGGGCUGGAUGACGACGACGGCGCUGGAGCUAUUCGGGUCCGCGGUGGCCAUCUUCCUGGCGGGCGUGCUCUACGAAGGCUUGAAGUACUACCGGGAGGCGCUGCACGCGCGCGCCACCGCCGCCACUGGCGACUCGCGCGUCAACAUCACCAAGACCGAGUGCGGGGCCAAUGGCGCCUGCGGGGGUACAGCUGUUGUUAAAUAUUCAAUGACGUCAUCAGGGCACAUAAUCCAAACGCUGCUCCACGUGGUGCAGUCGACGGCUUCUUACGUCCUUAUGCUGGUGUUUAUGACGUAUAACGUGUGGCUGUGCCUCGCGCUGGUCCUAGGCCUAGCCGCAGGGUACUUCUGCUUCGGCUGGCGAAAGAACACCGUGGUCGACGUCACCGAACACUGCCAGUGAAGAAAAAUCGCGGGAACGGUUGUCAAACUGUCAAAUUAUUUUACAAUAUGGCCGCGCUUGCUGCUGUCAAAAAUAACAUUUGCACGGUUUUUAAUAAAGAAAAUAAAAAGGCAAAGGAUACCUUUUAUAGCGCUUGUCAUUAUUGGUAUGUGCUUUUUACUUCUUUUUACAAGAGCUAAGUAAAAAAUAUGUUUCGAAUCUUAUUGGUUUUGUAAAUAGUUGUAGCCUGUUGUAGCGUUAUAUAUAAAGCACUUGAAUUGUACAAAAAUCUAUUAAUUUCAUUCUGAAGAUUCUAAAACUGUAAUUUUCAAAGAAAUUGUAGCUGGUGGACAGUUUCAUAACCUUUCCCGGUGUGUAUAAGCAGUAUGUAAGUAAAUGUAACGAAAGUGACUAUUGUUGUAAUCCUCAUUGCACUGCAUCGUCGCAGGGUACUUGUAAACGUUUGUAAUUAAUAUAAGUAAUAUAAACUAGACCACAGUACAACGGUUUUAAUACCUACUGUUCUGAAUUAUUCUGAAAUAACUUUUCUAAUUUAUUUAUGUUAAAGCCCUUCUCAAAACCAGCGAUAUCUCACUAUUCAAUAUUUUUUGUUGUAAUCAGAUAUUUACAAGUAUGUAAAAUGGAUAAAGUUUUACAGAAUUCGCUUAGUUUGAAGAGGGCUUUCUUUGAUGUUCUAAAGCUCAGUUUGUUGUAUUUUCUGACGUAUUUAUUAUGUUAUGAGUUUAUGACCUGUGAUCGGAUAUUCGCGCGCUUAUUUGCGUAAAGUUGUCUUGGUUGACUAUUAAUAUAGAUUAACUUAUGUAUUAAAAAUUAGCCGCUAAACUGGGAUUGUUUUAACGGAACCUAUAAAAUUGUAAUGUUUAAACCAUAAUAUUUUAUUCGAUCCUGGGAACUUUAUUAUCAAAAUAAAUUGUUAUAAGAAGCUUCCACACCUUCAUUCGUAUUUUUGAAGUUUAUAAGCGUCCGAAUAUAUCUACGAUCACUUUAUGACUAUAAAAGUGACAACGGAAACGUGUUAUAUUAAAUAAAACUUUAUUUAUAUACCUAUUUACCCACAAUUUUGACGGCUUUUCGUACAGUUUAGCUGACUAACUAAAUAGUAUUGAAAAUGCGUCAAAAUUGUGAAUACUAACUUCAUAAUGGAAACUUUGUGUACUACCUACAUAGUGUGUGAUGUAAUCCAGAAGUCUUGCCAGCGAUCCUUUCUGUUAGUAUUUGUUUUUAUUUUAGUUUAAGAGCUGAAACAACAUUCCUUGUCUUCCAUUAGGCUAGGCUGUACGAUAUUACACGAUCAUAUCACUAUAAGUAUAUAAAAACAAAAUUCGAUGCAAAAAAAACAAUAAGAUUAAAGUCAAGAGUCCGAUAAAAAUCAACGAAUAACGUUCAGUGAAUAUCAAAAUAUUUCUACACGUCAGAUAAUGUUGCUAUUUUAUCUGUAGACACUUUUUGACGAGAGAGAAAUACCUAAAAGAUAUACUCCUCUCUCUCUCUAACCUCUAAGUACUAAAAUAUGACUAAGAUUUUUUGAAUCGAAUUAGAAACAGUUUUAUACAUAUUUGUAUGUACCUGUAAAUUGUAAGUAUUUAUAAUUUUUACAUAGUCUAUGUUAUUUUUGUUUGUAAUGUAACUAUAACAAAUUCUAAAAACACUAAAAUUCAUGACAAGUUCAACGUACAUAGAAUGUAUACUAAUAUAAUGUAAAAACGAUUGACAAUAACCUGAUGAAUUAGGCAUAUCACUUAAUGUUUUGCAAAUGAUGUGAUAUUAUAAAUAUUUAGCUUAGGUUUAAGUACGUUUCGUAUUUUUGUGUAAAUACUUAUAAGACAAUACAUUCCUACUACCAAAA